AUGGCUCAUGCUAAGUGGCGGGAUACUCGGGUCUGGAAACGGAAAUGGACUUUGGAGAGGUCAAGAUUCGCCGCUGAGUACAUCGGCUAUAGUCCAGAGUACGUCGACGAAGUACUAAAGAAGAAGCGUGAGGAGAGAACGGCCCUCAAUAUCAACCUGCAACGUCCGACCUACCUCAAGGUAAACCGAAAGUACCUACACCCGGAUACACUGGAUCGAUAUGGAUUACCCUGGGAGUGGGACUCGCACCAGUGGACCAACGCAUUUGCUAAUCUUCCCACGCAGACGAACGACGAGUUCAUUAUCAUUAAGCAGUAUAUCGACCACGAACAACAAGAUGUACUGUUCGAACACACACGGAGAUUAAAAGAAGCGAAAACUCACUUUUCGGAGCCCAACUCCAAACCCAUGGCCUGA